CACAAUCAUAAACACCCAAAAACGGCAAAUACUGGAUCGCAAUGCACAUCAAAAGAUUUCAUACAAGCGCAUUUUACCGAACAUUCUAUUUUCAUAAUAUUAUGACGUAACUCGUUAAUUGUUAACUAAAAUACUGUUUGUAAUUUAUGAUGCUGUUAUGUAAUGCAUCUUGUAAAAAUUAUCUUGAAUGGAGAACAACAUAACGACUAAUGCGAGUUAUUCAUGUCCAUGGCCGGAAGAGGAAGUUUAUGCAUCCCAGUGGGAGUAUGUUUUCAUCGUGUGCUAUCCGAUUCUGUUAAUAACCUGCACAUUUGGGAAUUCGCUUAAUAUCCUGAUCUUGGGCUUGGCCAAGGAUCCUCAGAGCAUCACUGUUUUCUUGCUGGCCUUAGCGGUUGGGGACUUAUUAACGCUGUGGAUGCAAGUUCCCCAGUACAUGUUUGUGGUUACUCCGGAAAUCUUUAAUGUCGCUUAUAUCUUCGAUUAUGUCAAUGAUUACGUACAGGGUCUGUACAUAUGGCUGCAACUGACGUUUCCAACAUUCGCUGACUGGAUUUUGGUUGUAUUUUCCGUUGGCCGGGUCCGUGCCGUUAUUGACCCUUUAUCAUACCACGGUCCAUCGCCGGCUAGAACCGCCCGGAUUAUCGUCGUCUGCAUCUUUAUCUACGCAGCCAUAAUAAAUCUGUACAAAGGGGUAACGCAGUAUUACUUAUUGGCCACGCUGGAUAUCCCGACAUUCGACGAGGAAUCCGGGCGACCAUUCAUUCGAAACUUGCCGCACUGGCUAGAAACAUGGAAUACUGUCAACGCAUUUUACAAAGAUGUAGAGAUCAUGGUGAUAUUUUUAAUCCUACUUUCCUGCAACUCCAUCAUAAUCUGGGCCAUUUUCAAGCGUCGCCGGAACCUGCAGUUGCGCGCGACCGUUACCGAUACCGACCGGAAGCAGACGAGCGGCAAAGCGAUCCUAGUUUCCGCGGUCUCCACCUACCUGAUAUGCAUGCUGCCGGAAGCGAUUAACGAAAUGCUGGGGAUGUUGGCCCGUUAUCCGUACUGCAUGUACGACUACCGCAUGUAUAACACCCUAUGGCGCCCCGCCCAGCUGCUCAUGCUGGUUCCCUAUUCCUUCAACUUCUACUUAUACUUCGCCUUCAGUAUGAAAUUCCGCACUGAUGCGAAAGAAACGUUCAAGAGGAUUGUAGAGAAGUGCCAGUGCUGCCGAGGUGGGAUGGAAAAUGGAUAUAUGCCGGGUCCAAGAAGAGGCAGCGAAGCGCUUAGUGAGAUUUUCCAGCUGGAUUCGAGAAGAGCCAGUGAUGCCCUUGUGACCAUAUUCAGUGCGAAACAACAGGGGCGGCAGUCGGAGUUAGGAGGAAAGGUUACUUUGAGUGACGAACGGUCUGCUGAAUUACAGUCCAGUCAGGCUACAGGAGAAACGAGCUUGUAGACCUACAGCUCAUUAUUUGCAACGUUUUGACGAACGCGUUUAGUUUUUCAUCAGCUGUCAAUCACGACUUUUUCUUUUACAUAUUUCUUUUACAUGUUUAUCGUAUUGCUGCUGGGUAAUAUUUAUAUGAUAACAAAUUUGUUGAAAUAAACAUGCUAGGCUGAAGGUAAGUAGUCAGAAUGGUUUUACGUGUGUAGAGGUAUACAAUUAGGUACUAUACGCAUUUUACUUGCAUUUUCUGACAAUUCUAACACCGAUAUCCGACAUCUUUGUGCCGAAUAUACGUGGCAUAAUAUUUCACAAUAUUUGGUUCCAGUGUCUUUCGUGAAUUUGGGAUUUAUUUUCAACAACCAGAAAUGGAAUG